AUGGAAGAACCGAUCGAAGAAGACGAAAGAAGCGAGAUUGUUGCGUCAAGAAGAGCGUCUUGCACGCAGUGGAGCCAGUGGCAACUACUCGACUCCAUUUUACCAACCGGAGGCUUUGCUCAUUCGUUCGGUCUCGAAGCAGCUGUUCAGACUCGGUUAGUUUCGUCUCCCAAAGAUCUCGAAGCCCAUAUCAUUCAUCUCUUGGACAACACAGCUAGCUUACUGCUUCCUUUUGUCUACUCUGCUCUCAAAUCUCCUGUUAUAGAAACCUGGCACAAACUCGACCAGCUGCUCAACGCUACCUUGACCAACCAAGUCUCUUCAAAGGCAUCCAUCUCCCAAGGAUCAGCGUUGUUUCGCGUGGCUGCUUCGGUUUUCACUGAGAUCCCGAAUCUGAAAGUCAUCAGAGACGCAUCUCUAGGCUGCAAGAACGUGCAUUUCCACCACGCCCCGAUAUUCGGGCUUAUAUGUGGGCUACUCGGCAUGGAUCCCGAGACUUCUCAGAGGGCUUACCUGUUUAUCACGCUGAGAGAUGUUGUAUCGGCUGCUACGAGAUUGAACUUAGUGGGACCUAUGGGUGCUUCGGUGAUGCAGCAUCGCAUCGCCGUUGUCGCUGAAACAGUGUUGGAGAAGUGGAUGGAUCGUGAAGCUAGUGAAGCGUGUCAGACAUCUCCUUUGCUGGAUGUUGUGCAAGGUUGUCACGGUUACUUGUUUUCACGACUUUUCUGCUCUUGA